CUUGUUUUGUGAAAUCAAACGGCUGCGGAUGGAUAACAUUAGUUAUAAAUGUGUGAUAAUUAAAAAAUAUACAUAACUGUAAAAAGUUAGCACACGCAAUAACGUUAAGAAUUUGGAGUGUCCUUAUGAAAUAACGUAGAUAAGAGAUCAAUUUCCGGUAGUAACAGGAUCUACAAAACACCGGUACCAAUAGAAUGAAAUUUAGGACCCCUGUCUCUGUUUUACAUUCCCCCCUCUCCCCAGUUUUUAAUUAUUUAAUUUAGGAACGCAAAACAACUAACAAUUUCCAUAUUCUUUAUGCAAUAUUGUUCAGAAAUCUAUCUCAUUGGGCAGUGCUUAUAAAUAAGGCAAUAAAUUUAAACAAAAAACCAAAACCAAAGUAAAUACUGCUUAGAAAACAUCAGAUCAUUAUUUUGAUUAAAUUAGUGCAAGGAAUAAAAAUAAAAGGGACUGUAGCAAACUAGCAGCGUCACCGAUGGGUCCAUUUUUGGUACCUACUGACAUAGACCUUAAAGUUACUGUUUCUUAUGUUAAACUUGUUGUUUCUGUCGUUAAAAUACGUAAUAUCGGUCUUUCCUCUUAAUUCACAGUAUUACGUACAUAUUCAAUUAAUUCAUAUUCAGUUCAGUCAUUCGACCAUUCGAUGGUUGACUAAUGAAGUAUGUAAGUGCUGGUAAGCACAUACCAGUUAGUCUUUCCGUUCAGUUAGUUGUAUCUAUACAAUGUCCCAUUAAAACAUAAAAGCCUCACUUCCUUGGCAAGAAAGUCGUAUUGUUGAUUGUUUAGUCGUUAGUUGUUAACGUCUUAUAAUUUAUAAUCCUUUCGGUAAUAUGUAUUAGGUGUAGAUAUAUCUUUGUUGUUCGCGAAAAGGGCGGUUAUAAGUGACGGUUUUGGUGGCAGUUAUAACUGUUCAGUGUCCACCCCCUAGUAAGGUCAACUGUCGCCACCGCGGCCGCGGUUUUUGCUUUGCCCAACACACUGUUAUUUGACGUCGUACCUUCGAAGGAAGAACGAUGACUGUUGUUCUUUCUUUUUAGUGAGUGACUGUGAUAAUAAGUUUUUAAAAAAUGUUGCCUUCGUUACCUUUUAACAGAAACAGUUAUUAUUAAUGUAAAGUGAAACAAAAGAAACACUGAAAAGUAUGAUCAUAAUAAUAUCCAAUAUAUAUAUGUGAUAAAUAAUUCGUAAACUGAUGAACAAUUGUCAAGGUUUUUUUAUUUAGAGUUAAUAAAUACAUCCGAGAAGAAAGAGGUUCCAAAAGAUUAACAACUCCAACACUUAUCGAAAAACUUUUGGAAAAGCACCACUAUCUAACAUGAGACAUGGGCAAGUUUGGAUUUUUGUUUAUAAUGACCGUAGCAAUUGUUGCUUUUUUGUGGACAGAAAAUGUUAUUUCCAUCCCUACUUCCGUUCCACCCCAAGCGGUGACGUACGAUGAAUAUGUUAUAGAGCACGCAAUUUCAUCGCAAAGUGCAAAAAAUGUAGCUUUAUCAAUGGACGUAAAUUCAAAGGAGCCUUUUGGUUGCCAAAAAUGUACAGAUAGAGAGAUGCAAUAUUGCUUAGGAAAUGGUCUUGUAAAUGACCAUUGUUGUUGUGAUAUGAAUUAUACAGAGAAGCUACCCUUUAUAGCACAUACUUGCUACUUUGGUAGGCAAUUGUGCAAACCUGUCGCCGGCGAUUGUAUAGAAUACCAAAGACUACUAUUGUGUUGUUGCAAUAGACAUACGCUUAUACAUUGGAAGCAAAAAUCGGUCGCUUCUAAUACACCAUCGCUAAAAGCAAUUGUAAUGCUAAUGCUAGCUUUAUAUGUUUGGUACCUACAUUAAAUCUAAAAUGUAACAAUAAAAAAUUGCUUUUGUGACAAAAAUGUAAUUGUUAAUACGUAAAUUCGUGUGUUUUUUCACAUGUUAUAUUUAAUUUCUUGUUUUCUGUAAUAAAAAAUAUAUUUUGUUUUAAU